CACGCGCAUGCGCAUUAUAAACACAAUAUGCUAAAUGGAUGAACGCGAUCCGCUGCUGAAUCGACUGCGGCCCAUUGCAAUUCCAGAAGGAUGCGUUAAGCCGCAUGCGCGAAGCGGCCACCGAUCUGUCGCUAAUCAGUCAGCGCUUUAUGUUUUCGGCGGUUAUCACGGCGACGGACACAAGCUCUUCAGAGAGAUUUGGAAGUUUGAUGUUCACAGAGAAGAAUGGGAAUGCAUACAGUGCAGCGGGGAUGGACCGACGUCUGUAGCGUCUAGUUCAGUGGUAAUGAGUGGUGAUGUAAUAAUCACAUUUGGAGGCUCAGGAGUUCCAUUUGGUUAUUCAAAUAGCAACGAAAUUCAUUUGCUGAGUAUCAAAAGCCAUCACUGGUCGCGUCUCCAGUGCUCAGGCAACGUUCCCGAAUCUCAGUAUGGAACGAGUGCAGCUCUUACAAGAUAUGGACAGAUCGUGUUGUUUGGUGGUACGUCGGGUUCAUUAUUUAAUGCGGAUGUUCACAUCUUGGAUUUAAGAACAAAGUCUUACAAGGAAGUGAAAGCGAUGGGAGCACCGAAGCCGAGAUAUCGUCAUGAGGUCGUGUGGGAUGACGAUCGGUUCUAUACAAUCGGUGGCUGCACUUUACGAGAGGAUUUCCCAUUUGAUAUUAUUCAUUCGUUUGAGUAUGACACAAUGACUUGGCAUCAACAUCACUGCAGUCCAGCUAUGUCGGACGGAUUUCCUUCUCCAAGACGUUUUCACAGCUGUGCCAAAUACGGAGACAAUGUCUAUAUGUGUGGUGGAACGACUUUCCUCGAUCAUAUUUACAAUGACGUCUGGCGUCUCGAUUUGACGACCUUCCAAUGGACAAAAAUGUGGCAAACUCUUCCAACACCGGUCUUCUUCCCCACAGUGCAGCUUUCACUCCAGCUGGAUGUCUUUAUGUAUUUGGUGGGUGCAUGACGCUUCUCGGAACCGAAAGAUCAGAUCAGAUCUUCAAGGUGUGGCCGUUCGUUCCCAAACUACGAGAACUCUGUUGGAUGCAUCUUCUCCGUCACUUCCCCGUACUAAAACGUUUACCUGCAAAUCAUCUACUUCUCCUGGGCAUACCUCCAACGUUCGCACAACGACUCGACACAACAACUGCUGCAUCAUAAGACAAAAGCGACACAUUCGAUAUUCUAGGUAAACAAGUUCCGGGAUAUUCAAGGUCCCGGAUGUUUAGUAAGGUAUUAAUAUUAAAUGCAUAAUUGUAAGGUACUUUGUGCUAGUUGGUGAGCAUGUAUAUAACGUGGUACACAUGUUAGUCGCUCUAUUCUGAUAAUGGCAUAAAAGCGCUGUACCAUAUUCAGUAGUUUGAUGGCUGAACUGACAGUGACGACGAAGUUUGUUGAGUACAUGUAUGUGAGAAUAAAGUCUAGUGUGUAGAUGGA